AUGAGAACAAUUCUGAUCUGCUUCCUUGUCCUGGCUGCCGCUCGUCUUCCUGUCCUGCGGGGCAAAGAGGAGCAACCCACCCCCGGGGCCGAGGCGCCGGCCGAAUCCCGCUCGCCCUUUGCCGCUCUGGACGACGUGCGGCUCCUGGCCAACGGCCUCCUGCAGCUGGGCCAGAGCCUGCGCGAGUUUGUGCACAAGACCAAGGGGCAGAUCAACGACAUCUUCCAAAAGCUCAACAUCUUUGACCGUUCGUUCUACCGACUCUCCGUGCUGGCCGGUGAAAUCAAGGAGGAGGAAGAGGAGCUGAAGAAGACGGCGGUGGUUCUGAAGGCCAACAAUGAAGAGAUCAAAGGCUUCUCUGUCCGGAUCAGCUCCAAGGUGGACGCCAUCAUGCUGGAGAAGCGUUCUCUGCAGAGCAAAGUGGAAGGCCUGGAGGAGAAGCUGAGAGGUUUGUCCCAGGGACCGUUGACUGCCGACCAAGCGGGAGAGAUCGACGGCCUCAGGGGAGUGAUCAACAACCAGGAGAAAAGCAUCACGGCGCUCUUGGAGGCUGUGAGGGAGCAAAGUGAGCAACUCAACUACCAGAGGAUGAAGAUCAAGAGUCUGGAGCAAAAGUUUACAGCUGGUAGCUUUGGCCAGGACACAAUCGAAAGGACGCCCGAAUCCUUCAGCAGCGAUCCGCCGACCCUCAGCCCUUAUCUCCCCCCCGCCGACGGCACGAAAACCGCAGCCGCGGGUCUCCCGUCGGACUGCGGCGACGCGUUCGACAGAGGUGAGAAAGUCAGCGGCGUGUUCGCCAUCAGGCCUCCUGGAUCCGAGCCCUUCAUGGCCUUUUGUGACAUGACUGCAGAUCACGGGGCAACAGUCAUCCAGCGCAGGAAGGACGGUUCCGUCGACUUCCAUCAAAGUUGGGAAAAAUACGAAAAUGGAUUUGGAGAUUUUCACGGCGAGUUCUGGCUGGGCCUCAGUAAGAUCCGCUCGCUGGCGGCGGGGGGCAAUUCCGUCCUCCGCAUCCUCCUGGAAGACUGGAAACACAACAAACGCUUCGUGGAAUACGAUUUCCAGCUGGACGGCCCGGAGAGCGACUACAGCCUUCGCCUGAAGCUGCUGUCGGGAGACGCGACGGACCUCCUGAGGAACCACACGGGCACCAAGUUCUCGGCCAAGGGCGGGUACGACGACCGGAGCCGAGACCCCGGCUGCGCCCACGGCUACGCGGGUGGUUGGUGGUUCAAUAGCUGCGGGGACAGCAACUUGAACGGGAGGUACUUCCCUACCAGACACAAGCGCCGUUGGGACCGUCGGCGAGGGAUCCACUUCAAGAUGGCUCCGGAAGCUUCGUAUUUGCUCAGGUUCACGCAGAUGUCCGUUCACGCCUUCAACGCGUCCUCGUUGCCGUAGACGUGCGACCUUCCCGCGGGAAAACUUCCUCGUGGAGGAAAGGACAGCUUCUUUUUUUUUUUUUUUUUUUUUUGCGGGCAGCCGCCGUUUGCAAAAGGCUUUUUCGGGAAUUAAUUAAUUGAUUUAUUUAUUCCAAAUCUUUCUCGUGUAAUUCGAUCUGUAUUGUUUUUUUCUUCAAAUUGUUUGUCCUGUUUGUUGUGCACGAAUACCGACAAGAUGAAGUCUGUCCGCUUAUCGGAGCCGAGGAGAAAUUUCGAGGUUCUGGUGGCCACGUUGUAUUUUUAACGCAACCUAAAAAAAAAAAAAGGAGAAAAUGUUUUGAAAUAAAUUUCAAUAA